UGAUGGUAGCGAAGAGGAAUAAUUGGAUUUUGUUAAAAAAAAAAAAACAUUGGAGUCAUCAUCGUGUGCAAAGAAAAUAAAUUGAUAUACGUAACGGAGACACAAUUACGUUGUCAGUAAACAUUAGUGUCUUCCAUAAAAUAUACACAGGACUUGUAUAUGAUAUACCACACCACGACAAAUUAUGCCAGUGUUGUUUUUUAUCCUGAAAAGUAUAGAAUAAAGAAUACAAAGUGAAAACUGAGACAAUAUUUUCCAGCUGAGUUUUUCUAUCUGCCACUGACAGGAUCAUUUUCAAUUAAAAUUUGGCAGUUUUUUUGUCAAAUAUUUAUUACAUUACAUAAAAGUGCGAGGGUGAAAAAUAUCAAACACAGGAAAAAAAGGAACGAAGGACUACAGUACAACAGCAAAACGUUUUAUUUUAAGACAUUUUUUUUCUUUUCGGUGCGCGCCGACGAAACGCUGUGUGCUUGGUUGUAUGAAAAAAACGGGGAAAUCUUUUUUCCGCGACAAACUUUUAUCUUCCGUAUCGUGAAGCUUUCUUUGCCUUUAAUAUUCGUUAAUGAAAAUUUGAAAGUGCUUAGCGCGCGUGAAAAAUGAUAUUAAAGGCUGUAUCGUUUGUUUGGCGAUCAAUCAUCGUAAGUGGAACGAUGAAAUUCGGUGCGUCGAAACAUUGGAUAGUGAUUGUUCUGAUGCUCAUAAAGACGACUUUGGCGUGCCGAGGUGGAACGUUAAUAAGAACUGGAGUCACAUUGGAGGAACGAAAUCAAAUCCUAGAAAGCCACAAUCGACUACGUUCAACCGUUGCUCAGGGUCGCGUACCAAAUCAACCGGGUGCCGAAAAUAUGCGUGAAAUGGUCUGGGACGAUGAAUUGGCGCUGAAAGCACAACAAUGGGCCAAUCAGUGCACAUUUCAACACGAUCCGAGCCGGUAUUUGGAUAGGUUUACCAUGGGCCAAAAUUUGGCCAUAAUUUGGAGUACCAUUCCAUUGGCGCCGGAUGAUGGAGACUUUCCGUCACGCAUUCAGAACUGGUUCAACGAAGUGAGAAAGUAUGCGUGGGGAGCGCAAUGGUCACCGGCAACUGGCCAUUAUUCGCAGUUGGUAUGGGGCGAUACAAAUUUAGUCGGCUGUGGGUUCUCCUAUUACCGAGAUUCGCGAAGAUUCAAUAAGUUAUGGGUGUGCAAUUAUGGACCUGGCGGUAAUGUCGUUGGCUCUCCACCAUAUGAAGCUGGUCGACCAGCGUGUCAGAAUUAUGGUAUGCAACCGUCAAGUAGAUAUUCCGGUCUUUGCUCCAGUUAUGGAGCCCCAACGGCGUCCGGUUACAACCCACAGAGCAAUUUCAUCGGACAGAAUACGUACACAUUCAAAACGGAGACAUUUAAUCCGCCAACGUAUCAAGUGCAAAACACCAUCAAGACUGCAUUCCAGCAACCAUAUAAGACGUUCGUGCAACCGGUUGCAAAUAGCAUAUCGAAUGGAUUUUCAUUUGGCAAAAAUGUUUUCGAUCGAUUCAAAGACGCUGUGAAGCCACCGCCACCACCAUCACCACCAUCCCAACCGCAAUCGUAUCAUCAACCGCAAUCAUAUCAGCCGCAAUCGUAUCAACAGUCGUCUUAUCAACAAGCAUCAUACCAGCAAUCACCUCAAACAUAUCAACAAUCUACUUAUCAACAGCCAGCAUAUCAACAAAAUACUUACCAAACGACCGCCUAUCAUCAGCAGCCAAAGUCGCAGAGUCCGUUUUUGACAUACGAUUGGAGUCAACUGUUUAGCGUUAACAACAACUACAACAAUUAUCAAACCAAGAAGUGAAUCGUAUGAAGUGGUAGACUAGGUAGUCAAAUUUUAUUGGAAUUAUUUAGCUAGAAUGUAUACCGAAAUUUGUGCUUGAGACUAAGAUGAAUAAUUUUGGGGAGGGAAUGGGAGGAAUGCUGUUGUUGUAUUAUAGUCGCUAGCAAUUCGUGUGAAAAUGAUUUUGUGAUAAUUUCACUGCAAAUUUUUGUAAUCUUUAAUUGAAUUGAAUUCGUUAAUUGAAUCAGAACAGUGACGGUGAAGCCAGGUAAUAAUCGAGAUUCUGAUCUAUUUUCCAGGGCCAAAAAAUAACUUAACUCAGUUGUUGGUUUUUUGUUGAGAAACAAGAAGGAUUACAGGGUUUCAACCAACGAACUUAAUUUACAAUGUUUGAAAGAACGAGUUUGAGUGUUUAAAUGAUAAGGAUUUUUGAAAGUUUUAGAUAGGUUCUGCGAGUGAAAAGUGUUGCCAUUAAAAAAACUUGGCUAUUAAAACAGUUAUUCACCGAGGGAAUAGACAGCUUGAAAUUGCAUUUCGAGUGUGUUGUUUAUGGCCAGAGCGAAGCGAGAGCCACAAAUCACCCGAGUAAAUGUAAUCUCCAAUUUUUUCCCGAAGUAAACACAACAUUUUAAUGUAAAACUCUCUCGAAGUUUCAGCAGAGGGAAGAAAAUGAUUAUUUUCUCGCCUGAGUUGCGAAAAAAGUUUAUUUUUCUGGGCUAUGUAUUAAGUUAAAGGAGGAUAAAAGAGCGAUUUUCGCAACUGAUGUGUAGAGAAUUCAUACAAAUUUGAGAGUUGGACAAUUUUGAACUACGGGUAAAUUUUUAACUUAAAAAGAGUGAGGGAGUGAGGGCCUUUUAUUGGGAAUUUUAUUUACUAAAAUUACCGAAAAUAGCCGAAGUUUACAAAAAUGUAACCAAACAUCUGUUUCGGUAACUUUAGGUCAGUAAAUCAAUGUUCACUGAUUUCAGUGAAAUAAUGUUCCCAAUAAUAGGCCCUGGCUGGGAACGUCACGUUACACGUUUGCCACUAUUUGUUUCCUGUCAUCCCAGCCAUUUAAAACCCUAAAAAUAUCGAUUCAAAAAUUUGUAGUGAGAUUUCAAGUUUGCUCUCGUCUGUCAAAAUUGUGCGAUAAGAUAGGUUUUAGUUAAUUAAGAAUCCGAAAAGACUUAAAUUAGUUGUAAGAUAUCCACAUAAUGUAAAACAGUGCCUCCAAAAUACUCAAUGAGAAGCGUAAUGAAUUACAAGAAUUUUAAGUAUAAUUAGAAUUCUAGGAGAAUAGUGAGUAAGAAGAAGAAGAAGAAGGAGGAGAAGAAUGAACGUUUACCAUAGACAAGAUUUUUGAAACAGAUAUCCUUUGGUUCUAAUCACGCCUGGGUACAAUUCCAGCCGCUUCAAGACGAUUCUUUGUUUGACGCGGCUGGACCUAAAUCCAAACUGAGAACCAUCGGACGUGUGGUCCAUACUCUAGUGCACUGACACACCACAUCGGCGAACAUUUCAAAAGUUUUUAAAAUUGUUGCCGAUGAAUAGUCGGGCUGAAAAGGAUUAUAAUGUUUUCGAUUCAGCUAAUUGUAUGGACAUGAAAUUCAUUUUUAGUUAAAAGCCAGAUAUUGAUGCAUUUUGAAUAACGAAAAAAAUCACAUUUUUUUCAGCCAUUAUUCAGAGUUUACAGAUCGGAGCUUAUGAACCAUUUAAACAUGUUAUGUGAGAACUCUGAAUAUUAUUAUUUUUUUGUUUUAAAUUUAAGCUUCCAUGGAUAAAGACAGUAAAAAAAAAUCUUUUCGCAAAUUAAUAUCUUAAUUACAUGGCUUUUUAGUGGUCCGAACAACUUAAAAAUCAAUCAUCAUGGAUAAUUACCUCCAAAAAAAUUACAAUUUUUACUUUUACUGAAAGUUCAUAUCUCGUUUCAGUUUAUAAUCUUGCGUGUAAUUAAGCAAAUAUUGGCUUGGUUUGACCGUGACUUACAUUAAAACAUAAAAUAUAAAUUUGAGAACCAGUUUCGUGCCCAAAUCAGGUUUUAAAAAAAAUCUUUUUUUUUUCGUAUUAAAAAUUGCAUGUUUGUACAAUGACCAGCCAAUAACCAGAAUUGACAUUCUGAUGUCUCUUCCGGUAUGUACAUAAAAUGUAUACGAAAAUGCUGCUUGCGUUUUCGUUUACCUGUAAAUAAUAUUAUCGAUAAGUUUCGGAUAAGAAUUAAAAUUUGAAACGAUUUUCAGCCACACAAUUCUUUUCGAAAUAAAAUCAGCAAAAAUUAACUUAAACUAAUUUUAAAUGACCUUCUCAGUGCGGCCCGACAGCUCAAUUUUAAAACUUGAUAAGACCAUGCACAGAAGAAAGAAGAAAAAAACGCAUUUAACGAGCUGUUUGCCGGCAGAAAGAAAUUAAACGAAAAAUUAAAUCCAUUUCAGUAUAACAAAGUGCAGCAUGGGAAUAAAGAUAAUGGGAAUCCCAUAAUAUUGGAUGGCGGAUAGUAAAAACGAAUCGACAGGUUUUUUAAUUGCUUUCCUUCGUUUGAUAAUCAAAUAAUUUGGCUUGGUCAAUUUAUCGAGUUAAUUAGUUAAAAACAGUAAAAGAAGAGACAGGCACAGGGGACUUCUUGCACCACCUAGGCUAUGUUAAACGCGACAAACUUAUCGCGGCAUAAUCGUUACUCUGUUAAGUCUUUCAAACGAUUGUUUAAGGAUUUUCAAAACUCAUUUUUGGCAUUCCUUCUUCUUCUCUUUUUAUCGCAUGAAUUUGAGGUAUAUUCGGGAAAAGAUAAGUUUUGAAACCAAUCGUCACUUUUAACGCAUCGUCUAACAAUAAUAGAUUACAUUGACAGCUGCAAAUGUAUUUCAUUACAAGAUGUAACAAUUUUGUGAAAGAAGCAAACUCACAAGGUUGUUUUUGAGCAACAAGCUUCGGUAGCUGUCUUUUUGGCUAAUCAAAAAACAGUUACCGAAGCUUGUUGCCCCAAAAGGCGAGUAUCCCAAGUUUGUUUCCGAAAUGAAUUACGUAGAAGCAUCCAAUGGUAUUAUGGUUUAUUGCCCUGCCCCAUGCAAAAGUUAACAAAGGAAUUCACGUAAAAUGAACCAAAAAUAUUCUUUAUGUAACAGAUCAUUUUUGCCGGUGGCAAACUGCUACGUAAUGAUCAACUUUCGCAUGGGUCAGGCAAUAAAAAUCUUUUACUUCAUUCGAUUUAACAUAAUGGACAGGUUUUAUGCAAGUCUCGGUCUGUGUAAUGCAGACACGUAGUAAUAUUCGCCAUAUUAUCCGCUAGCUUUAAUCUACUAUUAAGUGCUAACAACGUAAUUAAUCAACUAGUAUUAAAAUGGCGCGGCGUGAUACCUUUUAAAUUAAAUCCAUUUUCAUAUUUUUAACAGUUAGUACUGAUUGCUCUACCUAGAACUUAUAAACGGAAAAGUAAAACAAAAAUUGGCUCACCCCACAUAUACCGAUUGAUUUUGCUUAUCACUUCUUUCAUUUUCGUUCAUCACAAUAGACAAUAUAGUGAUUGCACCAAAUAUCAUCAUAGAACUUGAGUGAACGGUUCAAGAUGCAGGAACCGAAAAAGGUUAUAAUUCCCGUUGGCUAAAUUUUUGUAUUACUCUGAUAUUGUUCGGUAACACGUUCUCUGUUUUCGUAUUUAUUUGUUGUGAGUUGAUCGGGAUUUUUUUUUAUAUUUUAUUUUAAGAAGAAGAACUUAUUUUCUCUUCGUUACAAAAUGCACGCAUUCCAUUUCCUCUUUUCUAUA